AAAAAAAAAACAAAAAAAAACACAAGUUCAGAAAAAUGACACAACACCACUUCCUGUCAGCUACACAGUCCCGCUCUCUUCUCCGUUACCGGGACAAUGGAAGCUGAGGACCCAGUCACACGCCUGCGCAACAAUCUGAACUGCAGCAUCUGCCUGGAGGUGUUCACCAGCCCGCUGAGCCUCCCGUGCGGUCACACCUUCUGCCAGAAGUGCAUCCACGAGCACUGGGACCGGGAGACACCCACGGCCGCCUACUCCUGUCCCGAGUGCCGCGACUACUCUCCCCAGCGCCCGGAGCCGCAGAAGAACGUCAGCCUCAGUAAGGUGGUGGAUGAUGUGCGGACGCUGGAGAGAAGCCGGGCUCCGGUGUACCCGGUGCGGGUGGACGGCAGUGCUGCGCCAUCUCUAUGUCAGCGCCAUCAGCAGGGACUUACCCUCUACUGCUCCACCGACAGCCGCUGCAUCUGCUGCAUGUGUCUGCUGACCGGCUGCCGGCCCCAUGACGUGCAGGAGAUCGGGGAGCUGAGUGAGCAGAGGAAGAAGAAACUGUCAGAUGACUUGCUAGCCAGUGACCGUCAACAGAAGCUCGUGGAGGAAGAGAUCGAAAAGUUGAAGGGCAAAAUGGAGAACAUUAAGGAUCUUAAUGAAAAGAUGCUUUGUGGAAUGAUGGCAAAAUUUGAGCAAGUGCGAAAGGCAUUAGAUGAAUGUCAAAUCCUUGUUGUAGAGUCUGCAACCUGUGAUAUGAAUGCCGCAUCAACACAAGCAGAAGAGCACCUUCAGCUUCUACAGAGCCAUCUGACGGACUUGAAGAAGCAUCGGAUGGAAGCAGAAAUGCUGAUAAGGAAUGAUGGGGUUGCAUUUCUUGAGGGUCUUCCUCAACUUGUGCCAGUGGGAAUUGCUCCAAAACCCCCAAAUGUCCAGCAAGGUGGAAAUUUGCAAUUGGAAGCAGUGACUAAGAUCUUGCCUGAAGUCACCAGGCUACUUCAACAGGAACUUCCUAAUUUGUUACACCCUGAGAAACCGAUAGAUGAAUGUAAAGGGACCUCAGGAUCUCCAUUUGAAACAGCAGAGACCUCAAGAGCAUCUUUAAGUGAACAGAAAACCUCUCCACACAGAUUAUUGCCUGCAAGAAUCAGCGACCUCAGAAGGCGACUCUAUAAAGAUUACCGUAACCUGAAAUUUGACCCAGAGACUGCCAACAAAUAUUUAGAAAUAUCACAUCAGAGCUGCAAAGCCACACACAAAUUACGCAUCCGGAGGAGUGAUGUUCCUGACUCCCCAAAGAGAUUUCAGACUUGGCAAGUGCUGUGUACAGAAGGUUUUUCAGAGGGAAGUCACUACUGGGAGGUUGGUAUAUCCACCUUUUUUGUGGAAUUAGGAGUAGCAUAUAACUCCUUGAAGCGCACAAAUGAACGGGACAGUACAAUUGGACGGAACAGUUCUUCAUGGAGCCUGCAGCUGCGGAGCCUGCACCACUCUGUUUGGCAUAACAACAUAGAAACUAAACUUCAAUCACCAAUGUUCAGAGAGAUUGGUGUUCAUCUUGACUUGACUGCUGGCAGUCUGACUUACUAUGGUAUUGAGGAUGGUAGCAUGCAGCGGCUGCAUUCUUUCUCCUGCUUAUUUUCAGAAAAGGUAUUUCCAGCUUUCUGGAUUGGAGAAGACACAAAUGUCACUAUACGCACUAUCCCGAAUGAAGUAAUGGAGACCAUAGAUCAAGAAUUAAAUGAUUUGUAUUUAUAAAUAAAAAGCCUCUGAAAUAUUAAAGACUAACAUAAUCCGGCCAUUUAUCUAAAAAGAUCUUGGCACCCAUCGCUGCAAUAGAGAAGAAUAACCACUGUAUCCCAUUGACAGAUGGUUGGAGAUGCAAGCAGAGUGCUUCUGCCCCUUUGCUUGAAAGAUCAUGGGGGUCUGAUAAUGUCAGAUGAAAACCUUUUUUUUUUUUUAAUUAGGUACAUUGGGAGAGUUUUAUCAAAACCUGUGUAGUGGAAGAGUGGUGCAGUUGCCCAUAGCAACCAAUCAGAUUGCUGCUUUCAGUUUUCACAGGCCUCUUAAAAAAAUGAAAGUGAUCUGAUUGGUUGCUAUGGGCAACUGCAGCACUCUUCCUCUGCACAGGUUUUUAUAAAUCUCCCCCAUUUUUGAAUGAUUGCCCCAUGAAGUUAUAGGAGUGCCGAAAAUGUACUCAUUUACAUAUUACUAUUUUCAUCCAUAGCUUAAACAGGGGAAAAA